AUGGUCCGCGAGACGAAGCUCUACGACCUCCUCGGCGUCCAGCCCGGCGCAAGCGACAGCGAGCUCAAGAAGGCCUACCGCAAGCUCGCCUUGUCGCUCCACCCGGACAAGAACCCCGAGCCGGCCGCUGCCGACAAGUUCAAGGAAGUGUCGCACGCUUACGAGGUCCUGUCAGACGGCGAGAAGCGCCAGCUCUAUGACCAGUACGGCGAGGAGGGUCUCUCGGGCGGUGGGCCGGGCGGCAUGGGCAUGGACCCGCAGGACCUGUUCUCGCAGCUGUUUGGCGGCGGCGGCGGCUUCUUCGGCGGCGGCGGCCGCGGCGGUCGCCCGCAGGGCCCGCGCAAGGGCAAGGACCUCGUGCACCGCAUCAAGGUGUCGCUCGAGGACCUGUACAAGGGCAAGACGUCCAAGCUCGCGCUGCAGAAGCACGUCCUGUGCGGCAAGUGCAAGGGCAAGGGCGGCAAGGAGGGCGCCGUCAAGACGUGCCAGUCGUGCCGCGGCCAGGGCGUCAAGAUUGUCCUGCGCCAGCUCGGCCCCAUGGUGCAACAGAUCCAGCAGCCGUGCGGCGACUGCAACGGCGAGGGCGAGAUCAUCAACGCCAAGGAUCGGUGCAAGGACUGCAACGGCAAGAAGAUCGUCAACGAGCGCAAGGUGCUCGAGGUCUUUAUCGACCGCGGCAUGAAGGAGGGCCAGACGAUCACGUUUGCGGGCGAGGCCGACCAGUCGCCAGGGGUCGAGCCGGGCGACGUCGUCAUCGUCAUCGAGGAGAAGCCGCACGACACGUUCAAGCGCAAGGGCGACGACCUCAUUGCCGAGGUCGAGAUCGACCUCUUGACGGCGCUCGCCGGCGGCUCGUUCGUCCUGCGCCACCUCGACGAGCGCGCCAUCAAGAUGACGGUGCACCCGGGCGAGGUCAUCAAGCCCGGCUCGCUCAAGGUCAUCCCGGAGCAGGGCAUGCCGUCGCACCGCCACCACGAGAUGGGCGACCUCAUCGUCCACAUCAAUGUCAAGUUCCCCGACUCGCUCGACCCGGCCGCGCUCGAGCCCCUCGAGCACAUCCUGCCCGCGCGCCCGGUCCUCCCGACGUUCGGCAAGGACGUCCACGUCGACGAGGUCGACAUGGUCGACGCGGCCGACCGGCGGACCAAGUCGGGCCACGGCCAGGGCGGCGCGUACGACGACGACCAGAUGGACACGGACGACGAGGGCGCCGGUCCGCAAGUCCAGUGCAACCAGCAGUGAUUCGCCUCGUUCCCUUCCCCCUCCCCUCCCUCGUCACGACGCUCCUCGCUCGCACCCACUCACGCGCGCCGCAUCCUGCCCUAUAUUCCCCCCCUUGCCCCUCCUCGGCGCCGCCCGAGCCACCCGCCACCUCUCGCACGCACCUCCUCCUUUCCUCCUUCUCUCGUAUUGUAGUUCUCUCGCGCCCGCUCUUUCGUCAUGUCGGCAGACCUACCGGCGUGGCUUGCUCAAUAGACCACCGUUGUGCCAUCUU